GACCAGCAAAAGUAGAAUUAGUGGAGAGAAAAGACAUUUGAUUCUAUUGGGGAAAAAAAGCCUCUAUAAUGUUUCUUUAGAGAGAUAUGACUGUAAAGGUUACAUUACUUUGCUUCUUGACUAAGGAAGUUGAAUGCUGUUUAGUGGAGAAGUUACUGUUGAACACUUUAACAAUUAUGUAAGGAAAGCAAAUAUUGAACACUGGGAAAACACUGGCAGUUCACAAAAAUGGCUGAGAAAACAAUGGCCCUGAAGCUACUCAUAGACACUAAAGCAAACAGAGUUCUGUUUGCUGAAGCUGGGAAAGAAGUUGUGGAUUUCCUCUUCAGUCUUCUUGCACUACCAUUAGGCUCCAUAGUGAAGCUAGUGAGCAAGGAUCAGAUGGUAGGAUCCAUUGGAAGUAUCUACAGCAGCCUGGAGAACUUGGAUUCCACAUAUAUGCAGCCUAAUCAAGAUAAGGACAUCCUCCUUAGCCCACAUUUACAGCAACAGAAACAGCGCCAGAACCAUCUCUGCUUACCAUCACCAGCCCCUGCAAAAGUUAAGGCUUACUACGGGUGUCCCAACUUCCAUCACAAGGUAUCAUGUUAUGAUCUUGUUAGUGAAGUUCGUGGUAUUAGUUGUCCUUCAUGCGGCAGAAGAAUGGAAAGAGUGUUGAAGUGUCUGCAAUCUGAGCCUGGAAUGAAGACAGGAAAUGGUGAAGCAGAAGAUGGUUAUGUGAAGGGUGUGGUUACUUACACUGUAAUGGAUGAUCUUUCUGUGAUGCCAAUGUCCAGCAUCGCCAGCAUCACUUUGCUCAACAAGUUCAAUGCCAAGACUGUAAAUGUUUUUGAGGAGAAGUAUGUUAGCUUGGGAAUACAAGAGGCUUUGGAGUUACUGAAGGCCUCCUUUGAGUCCAAGACUGUUCUCACUGAUGUGUUCCUGGCUGAGGCAAAUGGAGAAGCCAAUGUUCUGUGUCGCUUGAUUGAACUUGGACUUCAUUUUUUAUGCACAAUGGCUGUCGCUUGUUCCAGCCAAAAAUCUGGAUUUUUAGGUGGUUUAUGGAUCAACAAAACAAUGACACUGAAGCUGGUGGUGCACACUAAAGCAAACAGAGUACUGUUUGCUGAAGCUGAUAAACAAGUGGUGGAUUUCCUCUUUGGUCUUCUUGCACUGCCAUUAGGCUCCAUAGUGAAGGUCUUGGGCAAGGAUCAAAUGGUAGGAUCCAUUGGAUGUAUCUACAGCAGUCUGGAGAACUUGGAUUCCACUUAUAUCCAACCUGAUCAAGAUAAGAAUAUCCUUCUCAACCCACAGUUACAGCAACAGAAACAGUGCCUGAACAAUCUCCUCUUACCAUCACCAGCCCCAGCAAAACUCAAGGCAUUCUAUGGGUGUCACAAUAUCAGAAGCAAAAUUCAAUGUCGCAAUUAUGUUAGUGAAGUUUGUGGUAUUGAUUGUCCUUCAUGCAGCGGCACAAUGGAAAGAGUGUUUGAAGUGUUUGCAUCCUGCAUCUCCAGCAUCACUUUGUUUAACGAAUUCAAUGUCAAGAAUGCAGACACUCUGGAGGAGAAGAAUGUCAGCUUGGGCAAGCAAGAGGCUGUGGAUUUGCUGAAGGCCUCAUUGAAGUCCAAGACUGUCCUCACUGAUGCAAAUCAUGACAUUCUUUUCUCUUUGACUAAGUUGAGUACCGUUUACAGUGAAGAAGUCACUGUUGAAGACUUGAUAGACAAGGCAUUGUUAAAGGUUGCUAAUUUCAAAAAUUAUAUAAUGAAAGCAAAGCAAGAAUUGAGCACUGAGAAGUUCACAACAAUGGCUGAGAAAACACUGGUGCUGAAGCUGCUCAUAGACACCAGAGAAAACAGAGUCCUGUUUGCUGAAGCUGGGAAAGAGGUUGUGGAUUUCCUCUUUAGUCUUCUUGCAUUGCCAUUAGGCUUCAUAGUGAAGCUACUGAGCAAGGAUCAAAUGGUAGGAUCCAUUGGGAGUAUCUACAGCAGCCUGCAGAACCUGGAUUCCACUUAUAUCCAGCCCAAUCAAGAUAAGGACAUCCUCCUUGGCUCACAGGAACAGGAACAGAUAGAGCCCCAGAACAAUCUUCUCUUAUCUGUACCAAUCCCUCCUAAAGUUAAUAAAUACUACGGUUGUAACAAUAGAUAUCACAAUAGUUCAUGUUACCAAUAUGUCACUAAAGUUUGUGGCAUUCAAUGUCCUUCGUGUGGCGACAGAAUGGGAAGAGUGAUCCAGUUUGUAAAUCCUGAGUCUGGAACGGCGUCAGGAAAUGGUGGAGGAGAAGGUUAUGUGAAGGGUGUGGUUACUUACACUAUAAUGGAUGAUCUUUCUGUGACGCCAAUGUCUACCAUCUCCUGCAUCACUUUGCUCAGCAAGUUCAAUGUCACGAAUGUGGACGUUCUCAAAGAGAAGAAUGUCAGCCUGGGCACACAAGAGGCAUUGGAGUUACUUGAGGCCUCCUUGGGAACAAAGACUGUCCUCACUGAUGUGUUCCUGGCCAACGAAGAAUAGCAAACUAGCUUCUAUUAUAUAUCACGCAUGGUUCACUCCUUUAUCAUUAUCCAGUUUAUGUACUAGUCCUUGUUUAUGAAUAAAGAUGGAGCCGUGACUGUUCUGUGCUUCCUUUUUAAAGUGGAACUUAAUUUUU